AUGUCAUAAACAGAAUUGCAUUAAAUUGCUGACUCUAGUAGAACUUAAAAUACUGUAAAAUCUAUUCUGAAAAAUUUCAAAAAAGAUGAAUAAACAACAAAUACUCGCAUAGAUUCAAAGGGAAAUCAAAUUGUAAAGGGAGGAAAUCACAAAAUUACUUUUUAGUCACUCACAUAAGAACCAAUAGCAGUGAAUUAAACUAUGAACAAGAUACAAAUAGAUAGUGAUUCAUCAGAUUCGGAUUGUGAAAUUCGCUUAUCCAAUGUUAACUAAAAUAUUCAGACGACGAACGAGGAACAAAAGAAUAAAAAUUAAAAAAUCUAGCCACUAAUUAACGAAGAAUCAAACUGUUGCACAAUGUUUUGA